AUUAUGAACGAAAAAGAUUCUGGGAGUACUCUGCAGAGUCAGUUGAGAAAUGGGAAAAGAAGCAAGAAAAGAAAUUGAAAAGAUCUGACGUCGCAUUCACCGAUUAUAAUCAAGUCGCACAUAAAAAAUAUAAAAGAAUGAUAAAUGAUUUUACUCCUGACUUAAAUGCAUAUAAUGAAAAAAAGGCUGCUGCUAUGGCAUUAGCGAGUGUUGUCACUGCUGCAGAUGGAGAAGUUGUUUCAAUUGAUGCAGA